CAGUGGGGGCCGUGUCAUCGCGAGACGCGUGCCUGCGACGCCAUCCUGUCUGCCUCAGCUGCGUAGCUUGUUAGUUCGCCGCCCGUUAAACGCUUCCUUGCUCUUUGUGGGGGAAGUUCAGCGCUGCCGUUUGCGCCGAUCGACUGGGGAAGUGGGUGAGGUGUUGCCGCAAAAUGGACUGGGCUGGGAAACAUAAUGGUCCAAAUGAUUCAUCUAGUGAUGGAACAGUACGAUUGCGUGGUCUGCCAUUUGGCUGCAGCAAGGAGGAGAUCGUUCAGUUCUUUCAAGGGUUGGAAAUCGUGCCAAAUGGGAUAACAUUGACGCUGGACUACCAGGGGAGAAGCACAGGGGAGGCCUUCGUGCAGUUUGCUUCAAAGGAGAUAGCAGAAAAAGCUCUGGGGAAACACAAGGAAAGAAUAGGGCACAGAUAUAUUGAGAUCUUCAAAAGUAGUAAGAGUGAAAUCCGAGGAUUUUAUGACCCACCACGAAGAAUGAUGGGACAGCGACCUGGACCAUAUGAUAGACCAAUGGGAGGAAGAGGGGGUUAUUAUGGAGCUGGGCGUGGAAGUAUGUAUGACAGAAUGCGUCGAGGAGGUGGUGGAUAUGACGGUGGAUAUGGUGGCUUUGAUGACUAUGGUGGCUAUAACAAUUAUGGCUAUGGAAAUGAUGGCUAUGAUGACAGAAUGCGGGAUGGGAGAGGAAUGGGAGGCCAUGGCUAUGGCGGAGCAGGAGAUGCAAGUUCAGGUUUUCAUGGUGGUCAUUUCGUUCACAUGAGAGGAUUGCCAUUCCGAGCAACAGAAAAUGACAUUGCCAAUUUUUUCUCACCACUGACUCCUAUAAGAGUUCAUAUUGACAUUGGAGCAGAUGGAAGAGCAACAGGAGAAGCUGAUGUAGAAUUUGUGACACACGAAGAUGCAGUGGCUGCUAUGUCUAAAGAUAAAAAUCAUAUGCAGCAUCGAUACAUUGAGCUGUUUCUGAAUUCAACUGCUGGAGGUGGUUCUGGAAUGGGAGGUUAUGGCAGAGAUGGCAUGGAUCAAGGUGGUUAUGGUUCUGUUGGAAGAAUGGGAAUGGGCAGCAGUUACAGUGGAGGAUAUGGUACUCCUGAUGGUUUGGGUGGCUAUGGUCGUGGCAGUGGAAAUAGCGGUGGAUACUACGGGCAAGGCAACAUGGGAGGAGGUGGAUGGCGUGGAAUGUAUUGAAGAGUGGCAUUGAGACUACAAAGCAUAUUGGAAGGAAACAGUAUCUGGUCUACUAGACUUUCUUACAAAACUUAAUUUCUUUUGUAUUGAAAACUUUAUAAUGACUGAAGGAAUGUGUUUUCCCAUUAUUUGGUAAGCAACAGAUUGUGAUGGGGAAAUCUGUUUUCUGUAGGUUUUAUUUGUUGCAUACUCUGACUUUAAAUAAAUUUUUUAUAUUCAAACCACUGAUGUUGAUACUUUUUAUACUAGUUGCUCCUAAAGGUAUGUUGCAUAUUCCAGAACUCUGUUUGUUUAAGAGAUUUGAUUCAUUAAAGCAGUUGUACUGUAGGUUCUCAUUGAUACAACAUUCUGUAAAAUGGGGGGAAAAACAUCGUUGAUAAUACAUUUGUUGAAAUUUGAAAUUAAGUAUAGCAUAGUUUCUUUUAGUUAAGCUAAUAUAAACUGCUUGUCAGUGAAGACAAAUUCCCAUAGCAGUAUGUCUCAAAAUUGUGCUGGGCAUGAAGGCCGUGAGUUUAAAGUUCUGGAAUGACCUAAUGCACAACUGCUAUCUAAAAAAAAGCUGGUUGAUGUCUGAACUGUAUGCAUGCCAGAAAUCUAAUCCUUAAAGUGUAUGUUAAGUAUUGGUACAAAUCCAUGUAUCAAACUUCAUACUUGUAUCUUUGGCAAUCAGAUUUUCAGAUACAUUGUGUAUAAUAUAUUGACAAUAUAGGGGAGGGAAGCAUCAAAUUAUUACUUUAGUAGACAACAAUAUCCAUUGAAAAGUCAGUAAUAAUUUCCUUAGAAAUAAAACAUACAAUUGACUUUGGAACAUUGCUCCUAUUGCUAAAGACUCCUAUGUAAGGAUUGUUGAGGGACCUGCCAGGCAGACAAACACUUCCAACAGAAAGUUUGGCAAAUGAUUAAAUUACACAAAUAUGUGGUCCUCUAUCUGUACAUUUAACAUGUAAGAUGUUUGAAUGAAAUACUGUUUAGACACUUAAGCAUUCUCUGUGUAUUGACAAAAAGUACGAAAUACUCAACUUCAUUCAUUUCAGCUGCUUGUCCUCCAAAUUUUUCCAAUAAUUUGUCAAGUGUGAUCAAUUAUUGAAAGUUUGUUACCUGUUUUUGCUAGUAAUGUUAUGUAUGUAAUAAAUGUCUUAUUGUGG